UGUAAAAAAGGAGAGUCAGGGGUAGUCGGUAGUGAUUGCUAAAGUUGAAAACUUGAAAGUCCUAUACAGUCUCUCGCCGCGCCAAUCUCGUCCGCCACCGCCCACCGGAUACUGAUUAAACUGCCACAGCUGCUUCCAGAACCUCGCGCACUUGGUCUUCUGAAAUUUCUAGUAUCACUUCUAUCUCGCUGGAUCAAUAAAUUUUCAUAUGAAAGGGGGAAUCUUGAAGAUCAGCAAUGAUGUCUCAACAGAAGGAGGAUGCUCUUAUAAACGAAUCUAUUGAUAGUAAAGAAAAAGACAAUAAUCAAGAUCAAGAUGUAGUUUCAUCAGAUGAUGAUGUAAUAGACUAUUCUGUGAAGCCUGAGUUAUAUGAUCCAAAUCUUGAUGAUAAAGAUCAACUCUGGAUUCAAAAGAAAAGAAAAGGUCAAUAUUCUGAUGCAGUUCUCACAUGUCCUGCAUGUUUCACAACCCUAUGCCUCGAGUCUCAAAGGCAUGAAAAAUAUGUGACCCAAUAUCGAGCAAUGUUUGUGUUAAAUUGCAAGAUCAAGAAAGGACAACAAGUAUCAUCAUCAUCAUCAUCAGAAGAUAAAGGAAGUUUAAAAAGAAAAAGAUUUAGAAAAAGUUUAGCAGUUGAUGGUGAGUCAUUUACUCCGGUUUGUUGCUCGGUUUGUGAGACUGAGGUUGGGGUUAUUGAUGAUGAUGAGGUUUACCAUUUCUAUAAUGUUCUUCCAAGUGAAUGUUGAUUAUCAUUCAUAUGUUUUUCUAAUCUUGGAUUUUGUUUUUUUAAGUUUAGAUUAAUGAGGAAUUAUGCAACUCUUCAUGAAUUAUUAUACAUCAUCCAUGUUGUAUACAUUAGGAAAAUAAGAAAAAGUUGUGGUGGAGGUUGAGGUUGUAUAUCAAAUAUCAAUUCAUGGUUUCCA